GCCGGCCCUGCAGACGUGGCGGGGCGGCACCCGCCCGGCUCUCCCGGCCCUCCCCGCGCACUCGGCCGCCUGAGCGAUAUUAAAAUGUCUGAUGAUGCCAAUGACACCUUAGCCACUGGAGACAAGGCAGAAAUUACGGAGAUGCCCAGUGGUGAUUCUUUACCCAAAGAUGCAGAAGUGCACGGUGACUCAGCUAUAGUUUCAAGUGAGCCAACACAAGCUGGACCCAGAGAAGAUGUGCAUGGAAGUGUGUCUGCUCAGGGUGCGGAGGCUGCUGACACGGGGCUCUUCGAGCAGCCCACAGACCCCAGUGCCAUGGAACCCCUCAAUGGACAAGUGACUGAGGACACACUUGUCGAGUGCAUUGACUCUGUCAGCCUCGAAGGAGAAACCGGAUCGGAAAUACCCCUGAAAGAGCAGAAUAAUCGGGCUGCGGAUGCCUCUCUGCCCGGAGGGGGCUGGGCAGGCUGGGGCUCCUGGGGCAAAUCUCUGCUCUCAUCUGCGUCUGCCACAGUAGGUCAUGGGCUGACAGCAGUCAAGGAAAAAGCAGGGGCCACGCUACGUAUUCAUAGUGCAAAUUCUGGAUCUCCUGAAGGGACCCAACCUAAUACCGAAAAUGGAGUCCCUCUAACAACAGAUGCAGCCACAGAUCAGAGCCCCACAGAAAGCCCACCUGCUUCUCCUUCCUCAGGGUCCCGGGGCAUGCUGUCAGCCAUCACCAAUGUGGUGCAAAACACAGGUAAAAGCGUGUUAACUGGUGGUCUUGAUGCUUUGGAAUUCAUCGGCAAGAAAACCAUGAAUGUCCUUGCGGAAAGUGACCCAGGCUUUAAGCGAACCAAGACACUCAUGGAGAGAACCGUGUCCUUGUCUCAGAUGUUACGAGAAGCCAAGGAGAAAGAAAAGCAGAGACUGGCGCAGCAGCUCACCGCGGAGAGGACUGCACACUAUGGGAUGCUGUUCGAUGAGUAUCAAGGCUUGUCACACCUGGAAGCCCUGGAAAUUCUGUCCAAUGAAAGUGAAAGCAAGGUUCAGGCAUUUUUAAUAUCACUCGAUGGAGAGAAGCUGGAGCUCUUAAAACAUGACCUAAUUUCCAUUAAAGACAUCUUUGCAGCCAAAGAAUUAGAGAAUGAAGAGAAUCAAGAAGAACAAGGCUUAGAAGAAAAGGAAGAAGAAUUUGCUCUCAUGCUAACAGAGCUUCUCUUUGAAUUACAUGUCGCGGCCACACCUGACAAACUCAAUAAGGCAAUGAAAAAAGCUCAUGACUGGGUGGCAGAAGAUGACGCCACGGUUUCAGUAGAUACGGCAGAAGAGUCCGAGGAGAAAAGUAAGGAGGAAGAAAAAGAAGAGAAGCCUGAAAACCCUGAAGACAAAAAGGAAGAAAGGAGAACUAAGAAAGUAGAGGAAGUGUACAUGUUGUCCAUCGAAAGUCUGGCAGAAGUAACAGCACGCUGUAUCGAACAACUUCAUAAAAUAGCAGAAUUAAUUCUUCAUGGACAAGAAGAGGAAAAACCAGCUCAGGACCAAGCAAAAGUUCUGAUAAAAUUAACUACUGCAAUGUGCAAUGAAGUUGCCUCCUUAUCAAAGAAGUUUACCAAUUCUUUAACCACUGUUGGGAGCAACAAGAAAGCUGAGGUCCUUAACCCGAUGAUCAAUAGCAUAUUGUUAGAGGGCUGCAAUAGCACGACAUACAUACAGGAUGCCUUCCAGCUGCUGCUGCCCAUUCUACAGGUUUCACAUAUCCAGACCUGUGGUUCGAAAGUUCAGCCAUGACCUCACCAGACUCUGUCUAGUUUAGGAAACUGCAGACCACGUGGUUUCAAUGUAUGACAGUUAAGGGGAUGUUUCCUAGGCAUCUGACCACAGAAGACCCAUUUGAGGACACUACAAGCAAUUUUGCACAGACAGUAUUGAGAAUACAAGUUUAAAGAGAGUUAUUUCUCUUAAUGUAUAUGGUUUUUUCCUUUCCUUUUUUUUUUUUU